GGAAGUCAUCAGUUUCACGGCAAUGGAGUUGAAUAAAACAAUGAAAGGUUUAAUUUUUGUAUUGCUUUUGGGUGUAGCCAUAACAUCGGCCCUCAACGUGGGACGUAGCCCAAGUCCUCGUAUUACCAAUGGUUUGACAGCCAAAGCUGGACAAUUCAACUAGCAAGUUGGUUUGAUGAGUAGGAUGAACAGUUACGACCUUAAACUUCAAUAUUGUGGAGGAUCGUUGAUUUCUCCCGAAUGGAUCGUAACCGCUGCUCACUGUACUUACGGAGCUAGGUCUACUACUGCUUUUAUAGGAAGCAAGGAAUUUUUAGAUGGUAAGGAAGUUAAUGUUUUGGAAACAAUCAUUCACAGCGAUUGGAAUGCAACCGGACUAGUUGAAAAUGACAUAUCUCUCUUGCGCAUUGCUCCCAUCACUUUUGGACCACAAAUUGGGAUCGUCAACUUGCCAGCUCUAUCCAGAUCUGAUGAUUAUGAAAGCUGUUUGAAUGAAAAAGUCAUUGCUUCCGGCUGGGGCAAGACUAGUGAUGAUUACGAAGGGAGUCCCGUAGAACUACAGUACACUCCGUUGGAAAUCAUAUCAAACUCUAAUUGCAUGUUGGAUUUCGAAGAAAAUGUCAAACCAACGACAAUUUGCGCUCAAGGACAAAAGAAAACAUCAAUAUGCUAAGGAGAUUCCGGUAUUCCACUUGUUACUGAAUCAUCAAAAAAGGCUUAUUGGUAUUUCAUCAUUUGUAUCAUAUGCUGGUUGCACUUCAGGUAAU